AUGUUAAUAACCAGAGGGGAGUUCACAAGUUAUAUUCAAGGCCCGGCGGUAGAGCAGAGCCGACCGGCGGAGCAAGUGAAAAGAAAUCAGAAGCUGAACUGCCACAACUCGCAACCAGUUCGAAUAAUCAAUGCAAUUCAUGGCCAACUUGAACGUGAAGAGUCAGAUGAACUGCUUCGAAUACGGCUCCGCCAGGCGCAGAUGAAGAGGAGGAUAGGCAGUAUAAACACUCUGCACCAACAGAGCGCAUCAACACAGAUAAAGUUUGACAUAACAGAUCUAUUGCGUGUUCAAAUCCCUCAUAAGGACCCGUUAGUCGUCAGUUUGACAGUAGCCGAAUGUUUGGUAUGCAAAGUUCUGAUUGAUCUUGGAAGUAGUGUGAACGUCAUGCCGAGGGACACAUUUGAUCGACUCGAGAUCAAGCCAGACCGGCUUAAACCCACUGGGAAUCCUUUGCUAGGGUUUAAUGGAAAACGAGUGGAGCCCAUCGGUACGGUGGAAGUAACAGUGCAUGCUGCAGAGAGGGUUCUGAUGGAGAGCUUUGUGGUUGUCGAUAUUCAUCCCUCUUAUAACCUUCUGAUGGGCAGAGGGUGGAUCCACAGAGUUCAAGGUGUUCCUUCCACUCUGCACCAAGUAAUGAGAUGCCUGGGGCCAGACGGAACCAAGGUGAUUGACAUUCAUGGGGACCAGGUUGCAGCUAAGGAAUGUUAUUCAGUAACGCUGAAGUAUGCUGGAAAAGGGAAAGCACAUAUCCAUUUGGCAAGCCUGAGAUAG